AUGGCGAGAAGCUACGGCGCGAAGCCCCAGCAUAAAGACCUUCGACGGCUCAGUAACCAGAUUGAUUCGAGGCGAAUCGGCCGCGGUUCCGGCGUGGACAUCAUCGCUGCGUCCAAGUCCUGGAUCGCGUGGGGGGCGUUGUGUGCGCAGCCACUUCUGCUUACUCGUGAUGCCCAGGGCAAGCUCGUCGGGGAAGCACAGGUGCAACCCGAGCUGGAUUGCCACGCGAACGGCGAGGGGGUACUGCUCAUGACAGUGGUGCUGACCCCCGACAUCAAGAACCGACAGCUCUGGCAGACUGCCGGUGAUCUCAUGAGCUAUCGUCUGGGCAGCCCACAGGUGCUCUGUGGUUUGUGCAGCAUGGCAGUGCCCAUGCGUGAGCUCAGCGCCCAUCAGAGUCACCAGUGCCGAAUGGUGCUCUCGGCCUGUCCUCGCUGCAAGAAAGAGGUGCCGAUUCGUGAGCUGGCGGCGCAUCAGGUCGGUCCACACUGCCUCGGCAGCUCCAGCAUGGGAACACAGACGCUGGAGAAGAAGGUGCAGGAUGCACCGUCCCAGUGCAGUGCACCUGUGCUUCUACCGGCAGGUGUGCAGACUGGCUAUGCGCUCUAUGCGCCAGAGAACCUUCGCUCAGAGGAGCCGGUGCCAGCCUUGGUUCCUUCCGCUGCGGUGCGGUGGUCGCGGCCGGCACCGGAGGCCCGGCCCCGGGAGUACCAGCUCUCCAUCUUCGAGUUCCGUGGCGGCGACGCCCGGGAGCAGUGGUCGCGGCUUCGAGUGGAGCUGUUGGAGAUGUCGAGCUUGGAGAAGCAAGGAUUGCGGGGGGAGUUGCGCCACGAGCUGACGCAUCUGCGCCCUGGCACGAAGUACCGCCUCGAGCUUCAGCCACGUGCCCCGGAUGGAAGCCUGGGCCCUGCGGCCGCGAUGGUGCUGACCACCCUGAGCCGCCUGGCAGGCUUCGAAGGCUUCUCCGCAGAGGACAAGGCCACCCUCGAAGCAGUUCCGCAGCCUGCCCGGGUGGGUCGCCCAGAGUCCAUCAGCCUCCGGGAGCAAUCCACGCAGGCGGGUCUGGGCUUCGUCCAAGGAGCCUGCAAGAGCGAGAUCUCCAGAGAAAUCGGAGUGCAAGCAUUCCCGACCGUGCUGGAGGAGGCCGCCUGCCAAGUGGAUCCGAUUAUUCCCGUCACACAGGAGAUUGCAUGCGGUGAGGAGUGGGCCUCCUACACCAGCACCGGCACACAAUGCAAGGCUCCGACAGCAGAGACUUCGGUGCAAAGUGCAUUGCAGGUGGGACACAGCUCCUGCCAGGCGCAGUUUCCUCCUCGGCCCAUCACCGGGGACCGCAUGGCAGAGUUGGAGAUGGACAUGCAGGCGGCACUUCCUGGCCCUCGCGCCGUGCUGCACCAGGUGGGGACCGCCGAGUUGAUGCGACUUUCUUUGGCUGUCCUGGCCAACCUUCUGGCGCUGGCGAGCAUUCUGCUCGCGGAGAUCUCACUGGAGGAGCUGUGGCCCAUGCUUUCCGUUCUCCUCCUGGUGAUUCCCCUCAAUGGUUUGGAAUUUGCCUUCUUCGAGGUGCUCACGGCGUUUCGCCGCCGUGCAGAAGUGAUCCACAGUGCCUGCAACUGCGUGCUGUGCUUCGUGGAAGAGUCGUGGCAGUGGGCGGAAGAAGCCGACAACUACCUCCGGGAGACGGGGAACCUGCUUGGGCCCCUGCAUGGCGUGCCCUGCUCCAUCAAGGACCACGUGGCACUGAAGGGUCACCCGGUCACUAUGGGCCUGCGUUCACUCCGGGAGCAGCAGGAGAAGAAGCCGAUCGGCCGCUCCAGCACGCUAGCGAACGCGCUGCGGGGCGCCGGCGCCGUGAUCUUCUGCAAGACCACAAUGACGCAGCUGGGCGAAACAUGGGGAGGCGGCAGUCCUGCACAUGGUGACACCCUGAAUCCUUGGAACACUCUGCGCACUUCUGGUGGAAGCUCCUGCGGCGAGGGGGCUUUGUUGGGUGCUGGUGGCUCACCUUUUGGCAUCGGCUCGGAUGUUGGCGGCAGCGUUCGGAUCCCUGCCUCGUUUUGCGGCAUCUGCGCGCUGAAGCCUACGGCCUUCCGAAUGACCUUCAACUGGGAGACAGGGCAGACGAUCCUCGGACAUGCAGGAGACUACGGGGUCCCUGCAACACCCGGGCCCAUGGCGCGGUAUGUGGAAGAUUUGAUCGAGGUCUGCGCAGCAGUCUGGGACAAGCCGUAUUACGAUUCAGACAUACGUAUUCCACCUCUGCCGUUUCGGCGAGAGGCGACGGAGGUCAAAAGACCACUGCGCAUUGGCUGGUAUACCGAUGGCUACGUGUACCCAGAACCUUGCAGGUCAGUGGUGCGUGCUGUGGAGGAAGCGAGAGACGCGUUGGCCGCAGCCGGUCACACCCUCCUUCACGUGCAGCCCUGGGAUGCUUGCCCUCUGGCCGACAUCAUCGGCUGUGACAUUGCAUUGGAAAGGUUGACGGACACUGAUGGCGGGCUGGUGGUUGGAGCAGUGCCACUGUCUUCUGGCAGCAACGACUCGCAUCCAGACCAUUGGACACACCCGGCAUGCCAGGCUCUGGUCCCCAAGCCGGGAACGAAGUCAACGGUGCACACGAAAAUGCCUCCGACGAAUACGCCCAAGCGAUACCAGGCAGCCAUGGCUGCCCGUGAUCGGCUUCGGGACAAGUUCGCAGGGUUCUGGAAGGCAAACGAGCUCGACCUUCUUCUGUGCCCUGUUUUUCCUUUCCCCCCACCUCCAGUGGAAGAGGUAAGGAAGGGCAGUGGUCGGUAUAUUCACACGCGCGUCUACAACUUCCUGGACUACGCUGCCGGGGUGGUUCCUGCAACGCAUGUGACCGAGGAGGACCUACUACAGGAAUACGAUGCCAAGACGGAUGACGCACCUUUGGCAGAGAUGGCCACUCGAGCUGUGGAAGGCUCCCUGGGUUUGCCCGUGGCAGUGCAAUUGAUGUUCCUUCCCAGCCGUCGGGCGGCUUCCAAGUUGCGCGUCUGGCGCCGGCGGAAUGCAAACCUCAACAGGUUAAUACAGCUUGCGGCGCUGGCGGUGAGCGAUGCGCUACGGCUUUAUCGGGCUGCUCUCCAACCGGGAGGACCCAGGUUCACGGGCGUUUUGGAGCCAAGCCAAAGAGGCAAGACAGACCAGGUGCAAGUGGCAGUCCUUCCCAGCGGUGACAAGACUGCGAGUGCCAAGUCCGUUAGCCAGGCAGCGAGUUCUCCGGACAAGUGGAGGAGCUGGCUAACACCUGACGAGCUGUGCGGCGCCAGAUGCCCCGUCUGUAGUUGCACGACUCCACUGCCACGAAUGGCUGAUUUAUGGCGGAGCACCCGAUUCGGACUGUACUGCAACGUGCCACAGCUUGCUAUCGCGCUGAUGCUGCUUCUCAGACAGCUGCAGAGCUCCGACACCUGGGGGGUGGCGACGUCUCUUCACGUCUGUGCCUUGUCCGCACACGGCCUGGGGCUUCUGUGGAUCCUUCUGCGAUGGAUUCAGCUCGGUUGCCGCCGGCGGGCCAAGCACACGAAGGUUGCCGAGCUCACAUCAGACAGCAUCGAGAAGACAUUGCAGCUGCAGUGGAGGGGUAUCGAGGAUGUGGUUUGUGACGCCUGGUUCGUGGUUUUCUACAGCUUCGAUAAGAAGAACGUCUUGCGCGUGGAGAUGCUUCCUGGGAGGCCAUCGCAGGGCCAGUGGGCUGAGAAGAACUGCCUACAACUGCACGAUGCUCCGGCUGGACAUUUUUGGGUGUCGGUCCUGUGCUGGCACCGGGGUUCGCUCACAAUGCCGCUGGCGAUGGGGCACUGCGACAUCCCAGCCGUCGAAGCAGAGCCAGGCCCCUCCCGGAAGCGCGCGGAUGUCGCCGAGAUCGGCACCGACGCAAAGCCCUGGGAAGUCGUCGAUGCAGGCACCGAUCCAAAGGAUGUCAUCAGGCCUGUGGCACACGCAGAGGUGCAAAACGUGCCGGCAUCCGUGGAUGCGGCAAGUCAAUUUCCGGCAGUUCCCGUGGAGUUGUGCGAUGCCUCCACCACACCAGAGCUUGCGUCUGCCAGUGAAAGGCGAGUUGCAAAAGUCGGAACCAGCCUCGGCAGCUUCGACCUCCCAGUGCAACUCCAGUGCCAGGAGAUCGCUUCUAGCGAGGCGGGCUCCAAGGGUGCCAAAGGACUCUGGCUAACCUGGCUGCCUCACGGCUUGGUGGAGGCGGCGCCGCGGCUAGUGGUGCACGCGCGGCGCAUCACGGCCACGGCGGGAGGAGACGAGCCAGGCGAACCCGGAGCACGGGUUCCCGCGGCCAUGAGCUUGAACCAGGCUUCCUUCGAGCACUUGGAGGAGGGCCGCUUCGAGCUGGUGCUGAGCUGCGAAUUGGGCGCCUGCUCUGCAGAGGUCAGGCGAUGCCCUCACGAUCGCUGUGGGAGACAUGUCUGGGCAGACAAGCUCGAGGAUCAUAUCAGGCACUGCCCCUGGCGGCCUCGUCAGUGUCCUCGUGCUCCCGUCUGUAGUUGGCAAGGGUGCGAGGAUGAACUCCAGGAGCAUUUGCACGACUGUCCUGGGCGAGAGAUCCCAUGUCGGCACUGUGGCCUCGGCUGUUGGUGGGUGGGCCCCGGCCAGGACGAGGAGCGGCACUUGGAGGAGGACUGUGAGCCCCAGCGGCUUCUGAGGAUCGUGCGCCCGCUCAACGAGCUGCUGAGCGAAGCCUGCCCUGACUUCCGUAAUCCGGAAGUCCUUCGCUUGCAGGCGAAAGCUGUGGCCUACCGACGCUCCGUUUCUGCUCCUGGGGCGCCAUGGCGUGAGUGGAAGACGCCCGGUCGCUGCUUCUCAUGCCGAAAGCCGGUCGACCGCCGGGAACAAGGACUGCAGAGCGAUAGCGGCGAGCAUCGCCUGUGCUGGUCCUGUCUGCCAAAACACGUUGAUUGGCAGCAUUUUAGAGACAACGCCUGA